ACUUUCCGUUAGAGGGGCGGUGUUGACCCCUGUUGCCCCCACCCCUCCUACCAGCUCUUUCCUCGCUCGCUACGUCAGCGCGCUGAGCUCCAUGCAAAUCGAGCCUCUUUCUGGAGCGCCAUUGGCCGCUCGCUCAUUUUAAUCGCUGUCAAAGCGCAUCAUAUGGCCGCCACUUUAACGAGCUCCUCAACUCCACCAGGGAAAGGAGCUCAAAUGCGCUUUCAAUUAACGUGGACGUGAAAGAGCAGUGGCAAAAAACCUUCAACUAAGAUACGGGAGGAAAGCAGAAGAAAGAGAACUUCAAAACUCACAUCCACUUUUUGGAUUAAAUUACACUCCGUUUUUCCUUCUCUCCGGAGCCUCUGCUCGCGCGUGUUGCACCUGCGCUCGAGCGGACUAGCGCCAAAAGUUCAUGCUUUUUUUGUGUUGGGUGAGCAACCUCUAAGCCACGUGAAUGUAUAGCAUGAUGAUGGAGACGGACUUGCACUCCCCGGGACCCCAGACCAACACGAAUCCGGGUCAGACGGGUCCCAGCGCGGGGGGUAAGGCGAACCAGGAGCGCGUCAAGCGCCCCAUGAACGCGUUCAUGGUGUGGUCCCGGGGGCAGCGGCGGAAGAUGGCUCAGGAGAACCCUAAGAUGCACAACUCGGAGAUCAGCAAGCGCCUUGGCGCCGAGUGGAAGGUGAUGUCCGAAGCCGAGAAGCGUCCCUUUAUCGACGAGGCGAAGCGCCUGCGCGCCAUGCACAUGAAGGAGCAUCCGGAUUACAAAUACCGACCGAGGCGGAAAACCAAGACACUGCUGAAGAAGGACAAGUACUCUUUGGCCGGCGGGCUACUGGGCGGGGCGGGCGCGGGCGCUGGGCUUGGCGUGGGCAUGACCCCGGCCGGCGUGGGUCAGCGGCUCGAGAGCCCAGGGGGCCACGGGGGCUCCGGCGGUGCGGGUUACGCGCAUAUGAACGGCUGGGCGAACGGCGCGUACUCGGGACAGGUGGCCGCCGCCGCCGCGGCCGCUGCCAUGAUGCAGGAGGCGCAGCUGGCAUACGGGCAGCACCCUGGCAGCGGGGCGCAUCACCACCACCACGGCCACCAUCACCACCCGCACAACCCGCAGCCCAUGCACCGCUACGACAUGAGCGCCCUCCAGUACAGCCCCAUCUCAAACUCCCAAAGCUACAUGAGCGCGUCCCCGCCGGGCUACGGUGGGAUUUCAUACUCGCAGCACCAGAGCUCCAGCGUGGCGUCCUCCUCCGCCAUCGGCACGCUGAGCUCCCUCGUCAAAUCCGAGCCUAACGGCAGCCCUCCAGUGAGCAGCCACUCCAGAGGCCCGUGCCCCGGAGACUUGCGGGAGAUGAUUAGCAUGUACUUGCCGAGCGGUGAGUCCGGGGACCCGUCGGUCCAGAGCAGACUGCACGCUUUGCCGCAGCACUACCAGAGCGCAGCGGCCGGAGUAAACGGGACUGUCCCGCUGACGCAUAUCUGAAAUAAUCGGACAUGCUGGGGGUAAAAAAAAAACGCGCGUCUACACACACCACCACCAAAUAUUUACCUCUUUUCAGAUGGCCAUUUAACUACUUUUUUGUAUAAAACGUUUAACGAUGGUCUUGUAAUUGAAGGUAGAAUUUUGUUUCGAGUUGCCGUUCAGAGGACAAAGCAAGAUCUGCUCAUAUUUGUCACUUUUAAUUAACUUUUUAAAUCAUCGUUACUUAUCAUUAUUAUCGUCAUGAAUUCGAACUGACAUUCUUCCUGGCCAUGCCAAAACAAAUAAUAAAUUAUGGGGGAAAGAUAAUUCCGCGCUUUUCACAUUGACUCCAUAUUUCAUUUCUUGAAUUCUUUGUGCAAAUUUAUUUUAACUUCACAAGGUCGCAUCUAACACAACUUGGAGAACUUGGACAUGUUUCUGAGAGUUUAUAAAGAGUUUCCUGCAUAGUACAUUUACCAAAACAUUUGUAUACGUGAAUCUAUGUACCUGAAUUAUGCUGUAAUAUUUCUUGUAAAUUGUGAAUAAGUUUUAAUAUUUCAGAAGACUGGCACGUAACUGCUGCUGUAUAUAAUUUAUGAAAUGCAUUCCUGCCAGUUCACAUCCUGAUUUUGCGCUGAUUCAUUGUCUAAAUAAAAUUUUGAAGAAUGUUA